AUGAUCAGCCUCAGCCUCAGCCUCCAGUACUUCCACUUGUGCGCCCUCCGCCGCCUAACAGUUCUCGGAGCAAGACGAGUCGUCGAGCCGUCGGAGUGUUCCAUUUGCCUAGAAGAAUUCGAGGCUGGUGUGGACGUCCGACAGCUGGGGAGGUGUGGCCACGUCUUCCACUUAAUCUGCAUAGAUAAGUGGCUAGACGGUCAGGCAACAUGCCCGAUGUGUCGGGGGACUGUCCUUGAUUUCUAA